GAGCGGCGGCGCCGCCGCCAUGAGGCCGCAGCAGGCGCCCGUGUCCGGCAAGGUGUUCAUCCAGCGCGACUACAGCGGCGGCACCCGCUGCCAGUUCCAGAGCAAGUUCCCGGCCGAGCUGGAGAACCGGAUUGACAGGCAGCAGUUUGAGGAGACCGUCCGGACGCUGAACAACCUUUAUGCAGAAGCCGAAAAACUGGGAGGCCAGUCCUACCUGGAAGGGUGCCUGGCCUGUCUGACCGCCUACACCAUCUUCUUGUGCAUGGAAACGCAUUAUGAAAAGGUUCUAAAGAAAAUUGCAAAGUUCAUUCAGGAACAGAAUGAGAAGAUCUAUGCCCCUCAGGGCCUCCUUCUGACAGACCCUAUUGAAAGAGGAUUAAGAGUUAUUGAAAUUACCAUUUAUGAAGACAGAGGUAUGAGCAGUGCAAGAUAAAACUGUGGAGUCUCAGCAGAUGGCUCAGCGAUGGACUCACCGUAUCAAAGCUUCCCUACCUCCUACUUUAGAGCAUCAUUCCUCUCUCUGCUGCCAGAUCCACAGUGCCAUCUACUACAAGGACUAACUUCCUAAAACUCUGCUCCGCGUGGGGUGCCCUCCCAGCUGGUCAGCAUCCAUUUUUUGAGCAAAAUUUUGGGAUCAUUUUAGUUUUGGAAGAAAAAGUGGUGAAGCUGCUUGAAAGAAAUUGGGCCCCCCCCCCAAAAAGCCCCAAAGAAGCCUAAUCCUUAGAAGUGAAUGCAGCGAUGUUCCUCUGUAAUUCUUGAACCUUUCUGGCCAUCAGUCGGGCUCGAAAAGCUGCAAGCCAGAGCUGAGAGCUGUCCAGGAACGAGGCCUUCUCGUCAGUUCAGUGCUGGAGCGAUGCGCAGUGCCCCUGACCAGCAAGAAGUGACUCCAAGCCCUGAGCAUUUUAAGUUUCCUGUGCUGAUUCUCAUUGAAAGCUAAAGUGUUUCCCAUUUUUAAUGCUUUGGCUGUUACUAAAAGGAGGAGAAAUUGCUAGAGUUUAAUACCGGGUUCUUUGCUAGUACCUGUAUCUGUGCUGUUACUGCAUCUAUCUGUGCUUGUCAGAAGAGAAGGUCUAUUUUUUCAUUGAUGGAACAGGAAGGACAAUAAAAUGGAUGCUGACCCCAUGAACGUAACAAUCCCUACCCCAAAUUUAAUAUGUGAAAUGUAAAACUGUUUAUGGAUUUAUUAUAUAUAAUUUAUAGGAAAAAAAAUGUUGAUUUAACAAGUYGUUAGGUGUUGUGUAAGACGGUUCCAUAUCUGUAGCUGCUGGCAAACUGUUGAAUUCCAAGGAAACUGCGCAUUUUUCAGCAUCUCCCAUGCAUAGACAUUCCUCAGCAAUACCUGCGAGCGUCCACAUUGGCUUCCUAUUUUGUGUUGUGUCCUUUACAACACUUCAUUCUAUCAAACAGGCGGCCAAGGCCGUAAUCAAAUUGUGGAAGGAAUUCCAGAAUUGAGGAAAAUGAGGAAACGUGCAGAAUCGUUGGAGUGUUUUGGCUUUUGGUGAUACUGUAGGUGCUAAUACUGGAUCUGAAUUUCCAGGCUUAUCUCUCAGCCACUUUUUUUGUUUGUUUUGUUGUUGAGRUUUGUUUAACAUUUUAAUUGUACGGAACUUUUGUGUUUGUUUUCUAAACUGUAAGCGCUGUUUGCCUUCCA